UUUACGUUAACUUUCUUACAAAGAAGUCUUCGAUCGAUAUCGUGUCUUGCUGCGGGGUAUUUUAAAAAGUCAAGCAGGCUGGUCAAUAAGCAAAUCGUUUUUUUCUACAGGAGAAUGGUUUAGGCAAAUAUGGAGGACCAAGUGGCACGACAAAAGAAAGAAAAGAUUCGUAAAAUUGUCAUUGCUUUCUCUGUAUAUUCGUUUGGAUAUUUUUUAAAUAUUGGAUCAUACCUGGCUAUUACCGGAUUGCAGAGCAGCGUUAAUAUCGAGGCAAGCAUAGGCACCAUAAGUCUUGGGAUAGCCUACGUUGUGUCCUUCUUGACUGCGUUAUUGUUGACACCCAGUGUGAUACGCAAGUUUGGAUGCAAGUAUGCCUUUCUCAUCGGCGAGAUUGCACAUUUGUUGUACAUUGUUGCUAACUUUUACCCAGUGAAAUAUGUCAUGAUUAUCUCUGGGGUAAUCGUUGGUGUGGGUGAAGGUAUGAUAUGGACGACUGUGCCUGUAUUCAGUACAUUUUUUGGAAUUCAACACGGAUCACACGGUUCCAAACAUCGAUCCGAAUACAUCAGAAAAUAUGCAGGAAUUUUUUUCGGCGUUUAUUUUGCUGGACAGAUUUUUGGCUCAGCCAUGACUUAUGCAAUAUUACAUAAAGGAGAAACUCAUUCAACUCCCCAAAAUGAUAUGUUGAUUCAAGCCUACUCCACCUGGGCUACAGAAACCAAUUUAUCUUACGCUACGAACGACACAUUGAGAAACGUCACGUAUGUAACAUCGACCAUGAACUCAAAACCAAUUGCGAAUAUGACAUUGGGCAGCGAUGAACCUGAGCUUUACAGAUACUGCGGUGCAAAUGACUGUCAGAACCCUGAAAUAACGCAGUCAAACCUUCAUAAUUACGUUCCUGCAGAUAAAUUGCAUUUAAACAUUCUCCUGUCCGUUUUUACGUGCCUUUGUGUUAUUGGUAUAUUUUUACAUAUUUGCUACCUGCCUGUUGCCAAACCCGAAACCAACGACUGGUUACCAGAAGAGAAUGCGAAUAUUAUCGACUCGAAAUCUGAAAUAGAGAAACACAAAGAUCAUUCGGUGAAAGCGACUCUUAUUGCAAUAUUCAAGCAUAGUACGAAUUUCAUGCAAAUUUUACUUCUACCCGCUCUGCUCUAUCAUGGCCUGAUGUAUGGAUUUUAUCUUGGUGAACUUGUUAGAGCUUACACCUCUUGCAUUCUGGGCGUAGAACAUGUUGGAUUAUCACUGGUGGCUAUUUCAAUUUCAAGUGCAAUAUCCUCUGUGUUAUCUGGUAAAUUGAUUGGUCUUUUGGGACGAAAUAUUACCAUUGCUAUUUUGCUUGUCGGGGAGACGUUGGCAUACGUAUUCUGUUUGUUAUGGAGGCCAAAUGAAGAUUCAAAAUCUUUAGUUUAUGCAAUAUUUGUUGUGUUCGGAGUUACAUAUUCGUGUUGGAAAAUGUGUAUUAUAAGUAUGUACACAGAUUACUUCCCAAAAAAUCAGGAGAUUGCUUACACUGUGUGGAGUAUUUGGAUUUUAAUCGGAAUUGCGAUAAGUUUUGUUUGGAGUCCUUUGUUAUGUGUCCGUGCCAAACUUUACGUUCAUUGCGUUGUUCUAUUGCUAUCUGUUUCCUGUUAUGGUGUUGCAGAAUUUUUCUACAAAUCUAAUUAUCAAUCCAGAGAAUUAAACAUUGAAGUAGAACCUGAUGAAAAGCAGCUAUUUCAAGAAAAAGACGAACAAUAGUGUUUUCUCAUCAUUUGUGAUCAUAGCAAUACCACUUCAAACUUAUUUGUCAAAAAUAAAUAUCGUAUAUUUUUGCUAGCAUAAUAGUGCUCCUCUUACCUCAGACAAUUGUAAUAUGUGACAAGGUUAUCCAAUUUUUCAGAUAAUUCAUAUUUUCAAUGUACAUGUGUAGAGUUAAUUGCACAGCUGUUUUGUUUAAUCUAUGCGGUGCGGAGUCGACAACCGACAGCAUUUCUACACGUGCUUUGGGUUGCUGCAUAAACCAUUACGUUGAAGAAUUGUGAGAUUGAUUGAUGGUGUAGUGUUUAGAACGUUAGCCUAACUACAUGUUGGCCAUAUGUCUACAGGGAAUCUGUUUGUGCUCACCACAUUGAGUGCAAUAAUUAUAAUUUUCUUAUAAACAAUGUCUGAUUUUUUCUCAAAAUGAUACACCGUCAUCAAAAUGUAUUACUAUGUUAUCGUAUAUUUUUAUUAAUGCAAAUAUUUAUAAAUGUGAUUUUAAUUGAAAUAUAUAUUAUAUACGUGAUUUA